GAUAUUCUCACCGGAAGUACCGUGUGUGUGAGUUCCGUUAGCUUGACGCCGGUCUGUGGCGAUAACAGAGAUACCGACUCCUCUGGACACACCGGCCGGAUUCGGUCGUUUCCCGCCGGUAACCGGCCCGCCAUGACAGCUCAGAGGAUUUAACGGCGACUGACGGAGCCGCGGGCCGAGAAGAAGUCUUAGUCAUGCUCACUCGCCCGCUGACAUUAAAUGAGAGCAGUGGAGGGGGGCGGGGCCUGUCAGCUGUGACUCCACCUCCUGCUCUCCCAUUGGCUGAAGAGGACAAUGAUGAUGAUGAAGAGACACAAACAGGAGUUCUGGCUCAUCCUCCUGCGCCUGCCUGGAGGUCCUCCUCACCUGCCUCCUCUUCCUCCUCUGCUCCCUCUGUAGCUUCUCCUCAUCUUCAUCCUCCUCUGUCUCCUAUAGCAUUUUCUGCUCCUCCUCUUGUGUCCCUCCUUUUUCCUCCCCCUCCUCCCUGUGCCCCCUCUUCCUCCUCUGUUCCUUCUGUAGCUCCUCCUCCUCCCCCUCCUCCUCACUCCCCUACAUCAUUUUCUGCUCCUCCUCCUGUGUCCCCUCUUUCUCCUCUUUCCCAUGGUUCCUCUUGCUCCUCUGCUCCUUCUGUAUCUCCUCUUCCUGCUGUGUUCCUCCUUUGUCCUCCUCCCCCUCCUCCCCAUGCCUCCUCUUCAUUCUCUGCUCCUUCUCUAACUGCUCUUCCUCCUGUUUCCCUCCUUUGUUGUCCUCCUCCCUGUGCCUCCUCUUCCUCUGCUCUUUCAGUAGCUCCUCCUCCUCCUCACUCCUCUGCAGCAUUCUCUGCUCCUCCUCCUGUGUCCCCUCUUUCACCUCCUCCCUGUGCCUCCUCUUCCCCCUCUGCUCCUUCUAUAGCUCCUCCUCCUCCCUGUGCCUCCUCUCCCUCCUCUGCUCCUUCUCUAAUUCCUCUUCCUCCUGUGGCCCUCCUUCGCCCUCCUCCAUCUUCUGUCCCACCUGCUUCUCUUUUUCCUUGUGCUCCCUCCUCGUGUCCUCCUCUUCCUCCCGUCUCCUUUGCUCCUUGCACUCCUCCUAAUUCUUCCCCCUUUUCUCCUCUUCCCUCUUCAUCUCCUCCUCUUCCUCCUUCCCUCCUUCCCUCACCUCCUGCCCCUCGUUCUGUCCCUUCUACUCCUUUUAUUUCACCUCCUCUUGUUGCUUCUUUUUUUCUUCGUCCUCCUUGUUCUCACCCUUCUCCUCUUUCUUCAUCAUCCUCCUCCACCACUCCUGUCUCCUCCCUUCCUCCUCCUCCUCCUUCCCAUUUGUCUUGUCUUUCUUCUUCAUCUCCUCCUGUCCCUUUGUUCCUCCAUCCCUCACCUCCUCAUUCUGUUUCUGUCUCUCCCUCUCCUCCUUGUUCUUCUGCUCCUCCUCUUCCUCUCCUUUAUCACCACUCUGCUCCUCUUGUUUCUCCUCCACCCCCUCCUCCACCUCCUCCUGACUUUUUUACUCCUUACACUUCUGCCAUUUGUUCUCCUCUUUCUCCAUCCUCUUCUCCUGUCUCCCUGUCUCCUUCUCCUCCUCCUCCUCCUCUUCCUUCUGUUCCUGUAGCUCCGUCUCUUCCUCCUCCUCCUCCUUCUCCCUGCUGCCCCUGCUCCUCCCUCCUGCCUCGCCUCCUCUCAGCUCACCGGUUGGAGGUGCGGCGCCUCCUGCGAGGAGCUCUGGCCUCCCUCGGCCGUCGUCUGGACUCUCUAGAGAGGAGGAGCAGGAGGAAGAGGAGGAAUAAGUGGAGCAGACAGAGAGGAGAAGAAGACGGAGCUGGUUUGGGAGCUGUCUCAUUUAGCCCCGCCCCCUCCCAUAGCCCCGCCCACCCCCCACAUGUCACCACCUCCUCCUCAUCAUCCUCCUCAGACAGCGAGGACUCUCACACAUAUUCUAGUGUGAGCCUAUCAGAACAGAGGAGGAGGAGCAGAGGAGAGGAUGAGGAUGUGGAGGGGGAGGGGAGGAAGAGGAGAAGGAAGAACCACAAAGGAAACAGAGAAGAAGAAGAUGAGGAGGAGGAGGAUGCUGGGAGAUUUGUGGGGCGGAUGGCGGUCUCCUUCAGAGGAGGACAAGGAUCAGAGGAGGAAGCGCUGCUCACUCUGCACAAAUUCAACCACAAGAAACACAGAAGAAGAGAGGAGGGAGGAAGCAGCCAAUCAGAGAAGGCCGUCAGUAUCGUCAGGCAGAAUGGUUACAGAGUGCCGCCGCUGCUGCUGCCACACAGCGUCUCCGGCUCCUCCUCCCAGCAGGCCCUGCACCUGCUGCAGUCAGCCCAGAGGGGUCGGACCUGUAGCCAAUCAGAAGCAUUCGACAUCUCUUCAGGCCAAUGGCGUUUCUCUGACAUCACCGCACCUCUCUCCUUCUCCUCCAAUCCCCGUGCUUUUCACUUAUGGCACCUAGGCUUCUCCUCCGCUUCCACCUUUAGUCCCUCCCCCAUGCUGCGUCUCUCAGCAGUUGCCGUGGAGACCAUGUCAGAAUCAGUGAGGGGUGGAGCUUGUGUGAGUCCCCUGCGGCCCCUGAAGGACUGGACAGCUCCGCCCAGUCUGGGCAGUGACCACUGUUACGUGCGGUCGCCGAUACCCAGCCCCACGUUUUCUGCCCGGCGACAGCAGAAGCAACGGGCCAAUCACAGGUCGCUCCGACUUCGCCUCCCCCGUCUACAGCCCCUUUCCCUCCGUUCAGCCAAUGGACUGUCUGCUCCGCUUGCCAUUGGCCAAUCAGCAGUGAGCUCAGAGUUUCUCAGCGUAAACGGAGAGAGUUGUAAACGAGUUUCACAGAUCCGAAUCCGCCGGGCUUCACCGCGGGAAACGCUGCUCACUCCGAUGGGACUGCCAAAAGUCAAAAGGUUAAAGAAGAAAGAGUUCAGUCUGGAGGAGAUUUACACCAACAAGAACUACAAAUCCCCCACUACCAACAGGAGUCUGGAGACGAUCUUCGAGGAGCCACGUGAGAAGGAUGGAGCGCUGCUCUUGAUUGGCCAGCAGAGGAGGCGCAGGCUCCUCCUCUUCCCUGACUUCACUCAGCCCAGGAAAAGGAAGAGGCCUCAAGGGGCGGGACUUCCUGUUGCCAUGGUACCCAGGAAACGGGCAGCGGCCCGGAGACAUUGCCACGGUGCUGGUGAUGACGAGUCAGACCUGGACGUGAUGCUGGUGGAGCGACUGAGUGCGCUUGAAGACUUCCUGACACGUCAAGGCCUGGACAUGUGAGCUGUGACAUCACUUCCUGUCAGCUGACUAUAGGCCAAAUGAACAGAGCUGCUAGCAUGGCUGCUACCGCUAGUUACCAUGGUAAUGCAGUCAGCCCGUCAGUCUGAUGUAGCGAGGUUUGUUUUUAUUUGUUGCAGUGUUUUGAUUUGUUUUAGUUUGGAGUUUUUUUACAGUGUCGCUGAUUAAUGUGAAUUUACUGUCAGGAGGCCACGCCCACUGCACGGCUCAGGUGGCUUCACCUGUCAGGAGGCCACGCCCACUGCACGGCUCAGGUGGCUUCACCUGUCAUUUCCUCUUUUGUUUUAUAAAGACUUCUCUGUAGUACUGUGAGUUUUUAAAGUGUAAUAUAUAUUUCUGCUGAAAAUGGGUCUAUUUUUGGAACAAAUAAAGUUUGUUUCUGCUCACU